UCUUACAGUGUUUGCCUUGCUCUCUUGCUACCCCUUCAUAAAAUGAACACGAUACUUCCUGGUUGGCUCUGAAGAUACUAAAUCAUGGAUGGACAUAAGGAAGUACCCAACUUAGUCAAUCUUUUGCUAAAGACAUCAUGCACUUUCGUGUUUUAAACUACCUGCCUGCUAAUUGGGUACAAAGGUUGAAGUCAGGCAAAGUAACAUUGCACCUUUCAUACUGUCAUUUUCAUCAGAAGAACACGCAAACAUGGAUUUAAUGUCUCAACGAAAAACUAAGAUUUUGAACAUGAAUCAUGGCUGGCUCCGGGUACUGGUUGCAACUCUUGUAGCACACCCAAUCUUUGCGAAAUGUGACAGUACUGAAACUGUCAUGCUUGAGGAAUCAGAAGAAAGCUAUUUUUCUAUCCCUUCCAUCGUGACCGAAAGUGUUUCUGUACUACAUCUUAGUUACAAAAACAUCACUUUAAAUGAGACUGAUAGAAUAAUGCUUCACAAGUAUAGAAAUGUUACAGAACUAUAUUUAAACAACAAUGUUAUUGCUGUUCUGCAUAAUUAUAGCUUUAACUGUCUUUCAAAGCUAGCAGUUCUAGAUGUCAGCAAUAAUUCUAUCACAAUCGUUGAACAAGCAGCAUUUGUUGGCACAAAUAAGCUAGCAAUGCUAUAUCUACAAAAUAAUAAAAUUUCACAAUUAGAUUCUAAUACCUUUGUAUUACUGGAAAACCUAAAGGUCUUGAACCUACAAAAUAACAACUUUCUAUACUUAGAUAUUAAAUUGCCAUUUAAUUCAAUCAGUAUCACACUGAGUGAAAAUCCGUGGAAUUGUUCAUGUGGUCUCCUUCGUUUGCAAAGUUGGUUGAAUAAUCCUAACAUAACAAUAGAAUAUGAGAACAGUACAGUAUGCGAUUCUCCUAAUAGUCUGAAGACAUGUCCUAUCAAAACCGCAUUUCUAAAGAAUUGUGAAAAGAGAGACGUGACUGAAACAACCACUGCACCGACUACACUUUUUCCUAACAAUGAUACUCUAAUUUCUGCAACUGGUGAUAGAGAUGGACAAUUGUACUCAGCCAAAGGUUUUCAUCCACCGGGCAAAAGUUGGACCUUUCUAAUUGGCGUCCUAGUAGUUAUUGUGGGCACUACAACGUUGAUAAUUAUUGCUAUCAAAUUUCCAGUAUGGUACCGUUAUUUGAUUAGCUAUAAUCACAGCCGUCUGGAAGAAGAGGAACCUGAGAUGUUUGAGGAAACCUUCACAUCUCAUAUAUAUACACACCCACAGACACCAGGAACCAAUAAAGAUGACUCUGUGGUAGUUUUUGAACAAUUUCACACAUUUGUUCCGGAAGAAGAUGGAUUUAUUGAAGAUCAAUAUAUUGAAUCAUAAUAAUUUGUUAUAAAGACACUAAACCUCAUGGCCUAGCCUGAUUUAUUAGUCCAGAACUGUAGUGUUUACAAGUCAAUAUAAGCAUUAGGACUAAAACAAAUGUGUUGUUAAAUAUGUAUGAUUUCAUAUUAUUAUUAAGAAAAACUAUUACUCAGUGGUAUGGUGGCAGAGGGUCUAACUUGCAUGUGUAAAUAAAUCAAUUACUGUAUCUCCUCACAGUAAAUAACCAAGUUAAAUGUGGUUUUAUAUAUUUAAAAAAAGCAAAGGAAGUGCUUAGUGUCUUUAAGUAACAACAAAAAUACUUUUAAUAACAAGUUUAACAACAAAACAUUUAAAAGCUCUACUUUAGGAGUUUAAAAAGCUGAAAAUAAAUAACAGUUGUGACUAUACUACAAAAUAUUAUUGGUCUGUGUUUUAAAAAUCAGCUGUUGUUUUUAAAAAUGGCCAGGGCUUUUUUUUUGCAAUUAAAAUUGUGCUAGUAGUCUGCAGGGAUAUGAUUUACAAGUAUCUCACAUAGGGGCUGUUCUGGGAGACACUACACAAACAACCAGUCCCCAAGUGACUGAACACCAGCUGUUGGCAUGCUCCCACUCACAGACUGUCAGCAGUAAAAGAGAAGGAAAAGGAGGAAGAGGAUGGUCCAAUGAGGCUUUGUGUCUUUCACCUGUCUUCAUAGAUCACUUCCCCAUGCACAGCCACCUGUUCUAACUGCCAUCCUAUCUCUGAAGCUAUGGAGAUCUUGGCUCAGGGAUGCCCGUAAUACGCAUCCUCCACCAGCAAAGGGGUGAAUGCUGGGGUGGGUGUUCCUGCUACAGUGUUUGAAGGUCUAGUGGAAAGGCUUCUUGGUUCUGCCACUGCACUCCUCCUCAUGCCUUUUAUGCUUAGCAUCCCAACAUCCAAUCCGAAACCUUGUCUUGGCAAGCAUUAUAUAGAUAGCAAUGUACUGUACUUGCAUAAUAUUUUCAACGUUUUCUUUCUGAGCUGAUAUAGCACUGAACUGAUCUAACAACUUAUCAAUCUGCUGAAAUAGAGUAGCUUUGUCAAUUUCAUCUGGUUCUUAGUAAGGCUUCAGCAAGACUUACAGGGCAAGAAGGCAGGGGGAGAGGUAGAGACUGAUAAGGUGCAAAAAGUGUUUAUCAAUUUAAUCUGGGAACGAGGGUUUACAGUACAGCAGUGAUCCAGCACAGUGUAUAACAUGACAAACAUUUAUAAAAAUAAUAGACAAACUGUGCAGAGGAGAGAUGAGAAGGCUCCUAUGAAGGGGAUUAUCCCACCAGAGAUGUCAGUCAAAUUUCCCUAUAGGAAACUUCUCUGACUCCCACUCUGAACUGAGAUAUUUGAUCAUAAAUGCCAGAAGAGGCCUAGAAAAAAAGCUAUGCCAGCUGAAUUGUCAUGAAAUAAGCAACCCUCUGCCAGCUGUUCAAAAAGAAACAAGAGACCAUAGAAAGGAGUGGGCUUCCAUGUGAUUAGUUUGGCAGAAAAAAAACCCAUUCAUUUUAAACAUGCCAAAUCCAAUUCAAAUUAUGAGCUAUAAUGCAUUGUAGCUGCACCCAAAGAUAAAAUAUAAUCAUUUAUUGCUGUGAACUUGCUGCUCCAUGCAAGCUAGAAUACAAGAUAAAGCAUAUCAUACUAGUUUGUACUUUGUUGUGACUACCUGAAAAAGAAAAAUCAAAGAGUCUGUAUCUCUUCAAUAGCAGGAUGAGCUCAGAAGAAAGAAAACUGCUCUUUUCUUUUAUUAUGGCAGGAGUGGGCUACUUUAGUGGAUCAUGAAAAUUUUUAUGCUGUCAAGAUCCUGCAGCUGCCAGGAUCCCCUGAAGUUGACUACUGCUGCUUCAGUAACACAAAAGGGUAGUUGUGCUUUCUUCUGAAUUCAUCUGCACAACUGCACACAUACAGGCUUAUCUUAGCUACUGUCCACUAUCCAAAAUGUCAAAAACAAGCAAACAAAAGCCAAAAUGAGAAACAGGCAAUUUCCAUUUUGAAAACUUGGUAUUUGAGGGAUGUUUAUACACUGGAGGGAGGGUGGGAGGACCAUCAGUUUUGUAGUUCACCUUUUGUUUGCUGGAAGUGGGGAAGUCUAAUGCAUUUGGGGAAACUUUUAAAAAACCUUGUCUGGUCAUGUUUUGAUCACUGAUGUAUAACAAGCAUGGAAGAACAUGUUAUAACCAUCUUUAUGAAUUCAUCGUAUACUUUGGAUUCAGACAAAGUCAUGAAGCAAAUGUUAAGAUAUUUGCCAUGAUUUAAUAUGCUAAUGCUAUGACUUAUUCACAUUUGGCUCAUAACUGACAAAAUAACAUACAUUGGUAUGAUCAUGUCUAAUUUAUCAAGAUUUUAUCAUAUGGACAUUUAUUUGGAAAAUAAAUUCCAUAGAAAGUAAUGCAGUCUGUAAGAAAGUCUGUUUGGAAUUAAGAUAGAAUACUACAAA